GUGAUUUUAUAAAGUCCGUUGAAAUCCCUCAUCAUCAUUCUCGGAUCAGGACCAACUGCGUUCGUCGAUUAUUCAUUCAAUCAGUUCAUACAAUGAGGGCGGUAAUUUUCCUACUCCUUGUCGCGGCGGCAAGCUGCUUCCCACAGAAGAAGGGGGAUCCUAGUGACAAGAACUUGGACAAGUUCCGAGAGCACGCCAAGGACUUAAUCUGCAAGGGAGACAUUGCCGAGAAGAUAGCAGCUAACAUCAAGGCCCGUGUUGGCAAUGGUACCAGAAUGCCAAGCCCCCAGGAAAUCAAGCAACAUAUCAAGGAAAAAUACCAGGAACACCUCGGUGCACAUCUGAACGCGUCCCGCCUGCCCGAGAACGUUAAGGAAAAUAUCAGAGAACACAUCGCAGAGCGCUUCAACUCGAGCGAUGACCGCCCAGUGUUGGAGCUCAUCAAACACUUGAGAAGCGGCGGCCUGAAGGAAAUCGAGAAGAUCCGUGGCAUUGUGAGGGAACGUUUGUGCGAUGAUAACGAUUCCGAUGAAAAAGAUAGGGGGGAUGAGGAGGAUGAGGAGGAUGAGGAUGAGGAUGAUAUGCGAUCACCACGUUUGAUGUUGGCCAGAUACGCUAGCAAGACGAUGGCCCUGACUGAUGCUUUAACUGAUCUGGUAAGAUGUGCUGCGGAUUCCUGCAGAUUUCAUAAUAAGAAGCAGUUUAAAAGGGAUGAGUCUGAACAUUGAGACCCGAAAUCAACUUCUUGACCACACUGAAGGCGGAUAAAGAGUUUCGACCAUGCAGCUCAGCUCAGCGGUACAAGAAUGCCCCGGCCUUAGAUGUGUAGUUCUCCAUUAUAUAUGUAGCUCUAGUCUUCAAAGAAAUAAAACGCGGAUAUUAGUAUCCAUUUAACAUAA